GGGCCUUUCACUCUAGAUACAAGAAAGCAUAUUCUACUCUGUAUCAUAUACACAAGAACCCUCUCUUUUAUCUCUCCCGCCCUUCUUACUCCAUGCACCGUACGCCAAAAAAAAUAAAGCAUCGUAGUCCUAAUCAUUCGCCAUCCAUGAGCGAUCCACCAAGCUCUGUUGCUGAUGCAGCAUUGUGUUUUGCUGACUCGUCAGUCGCUGCUGCUGGUACCACCAGCAAUAACAGGAGCUCUUCUGCUUUACCCGAAAGAUACAGUCUACGAAGGCGUACGCAACCUAGUCCUACUAUAGAAGAUAUGGUGCCGUCGUCAUUGUCCGCAGCCGCAGCUACCACGACUAGCAUCAAUAUCAGCGGAGAUGAUGACAGUGACAACAACAACAACAGCUGCGCACCAGAUAAUGACAAUAACAACACGAUUCAUCCAAACCAGAAUGUUGGAGGCGCCAGUCGACCUUUGAAACGUAAGCAGCAACAAAGAGAAUCAGACGCAUCAUCGUCAACUGCCGAAACAACAGCAUCAACAGACGUGCAUCAUCAACGUGAAGACGGAAGUAGUGUCGUUGAAGAACCAUAUCAGCAACAACAUCCAAACAAGAAGCGAAAUAAGGGCAAAGGUAAAAGAACCAACGGUAGCAAGGACAAGAAGGUGACCAUGUCUUCCAAUGCACAAGGCUUGUCUUCUUCAGAUAUGAUGGGUCUGGAUGACGAUAAUCAUCACGAACAAGAACCUGGUGUGCGCAAGGGCAAAGAGAAAGCACUUGCUACUGCUGCUGAUACUUCUGUACCCACCCACGUAUUAAUGCCAACAACGUCAGCAAGAUUUGCUGCUGCUGCCACUAGUAGUGGCUGUAGCAGUGGUAUUAGCAGUACCAGUAGUGACAGUACUAGAUCAACUCCGCAAACGCAUCAAAUUCCAACACCUCAUCGUCUUCGUCUAGAAACUGAGCGUGUCAUUGAUGAUAUGGCCGUAGCCGAUACCCACCACCAUCAUCAUCAAGAGCACAGCACCCCAAUUCGACCACAAGACGCCGAUACCGAAGUUAAUGAGGAUGAUGAUCGACCUCCUCUUACUUCUGCAAGUCACUCUUUGGAUUCCAUUUUCCGAACAGCAGGAACAGCAGCACAUACUGACGAGUCCGACUUUGAUGACAGUAUCUUCCGUAUGCAAUUUGAUCUAUUCGCAGGUGGUAGCAGCAGCUUAUCCAGUCGAUUUCGAUCCAUCCUCUCCAAUUUGACCAACAACAACAACGACAAUGGAUUUGGUAUAACUAGUACUUCGCAAGUAGCUGCAUUGCAAGAGCUAUCUGAAAUUCUAUCCAUCAGCAACGAAGAUACCUUGAUGAACGUGUUUCCGUGUGACAGCUUUGUGCGCGAGCUGACGCGUAUCUUGACCGAUGAAGACGACGACAAUGGCGAUACUUCAGAAGCAGCUGUGCCGCACGAGCAAGAUAUUGCAUUGCUGGAUGAAGAUGCCAUGAUUGCAUUUGCGUUAAACAGUAGUGCUAGUCAUCAUAAUGCUGGGACUAUCGAGACAAUGACGUUGGCUUGCCAGUGCCUGUCAAACCUGUUACAUGUGAUGCCUUCUGCAGGGUCCAGUAUCUUGGCGCAUGGUGCUAUCGAUGUUCUCUGUCAGAAACUAGAGCCGAGCGAUUAUAUAGACUUGCCUGAACAAGCCUUAUCCGUCCUGGAAAAAUUGGCAGCCCAAUUUCCUCGUGCAGUCGUUGAAGCCGGCGGGUUGAACGCUGCGCUCAAACAUUUCCAUUUCUUCACGAUCCAUCUCCAACGCAGUGCGCUCAAGACCGCCGCAAGCUGCUUUCAAAACAUCGAUGUUACUAGCAAUACGUUUUCGUGCGUCAUUGAAAUCAUUCCGACCUUGAUUGAAACGCUCUCUUAUCCGGACAACACAGUGGUGGACGACACGUGUUUAUGUUGGUCACGUUUGAUUGAAAGUUGUUGUCGAGCGAACACUGCAAACAACAAGGACUACAGCCCUCUGGAACGUCUAGUGACAGCCGAUCUGCUGGCGAAAAUGGUUAGCUUGCUCCCUGUGCCUGGAAAUGCAGGCGGUGUUGCUCGUCCGGCUGCUUUUGGUCACCUCUUGAAAAUUUUUCGCUCGAUUUCCAAACAUUCGCCGCAUUUGAGUUACCAGCUCUUGGAGUUGGAUAUUGCUGGGCGAUUUUAUCAAAUCAUGACUGGGUCAGCGGCGAUACCUAGCAUCGAUGAUGGGGACUACGACAAUAGCAGUCGAGAACAAGGCAUGAUGUCAUCCGGUAGUAGCAGCAUAACGUUAAACAGCAAGUACCGCGACUCUAUGCUGUCUAUGAUGGCUAUUCUCGUCGAUCUUUUACCUCCCUUACCAACAGAACUCCUUAGUCCCAACCGAUUCUUGGACUCAGAGCCUGUGGCAUUGCGUACUCGAUCAGCAACGACUUCGAGUGACGAAGGCGUACCACCUCUUGUCAAGCGACGCACUAUCUACUACCAGCAACAAAAAACUUAUCAGCACAAUAACACCAUUAAUCACCACCACCACCAAGCUGACAUGCAUGUACAAUUGUUCAAGGCCAAUCCAACCAUUCUCAAACGUAUUGGUGUGAUCCUAGUACCUUUACUUACCGAAAUAUACACCAGCAUUGCCAACCUGACGCUACGAGAAUUGGUCACCCACACAUUGGUCAAAUUGGUCUACUAUGCCGAGCCAACUGCUCUGCGUACGAUGAUGCGUGGUGUCCCUUCGCUCUCAGCAUUUCUAGCCGAUAUUUUAGCGCAACAAGAUCAUGCGACGCUUGUGGUAGAUGCAUUGUAUCAAUCCGAGUUAUUGAUUAACAAGUUACCAGACGUCUAUGCCGAUGCUUUUGAGAUUGAAGGUGUGUUGCAUGAGAUCAACAUUAUUGCUAAUACGUCGGUGGAAGAUAUCGCGACGACGACGACGGCGGCGGCGGUAGCAUCAUCACCAUCAUCAACAAACAAUAUGAUCCAUACUUCUUCCGUAGCCGUGUUGUUAAAACAUCGACUUUCCUCCGGUUCAAAACAGCACCAAAGCAGCAGCAGCAGCAGCAAUAGUGAAAUUGGACUUGGUCAAGGCACAACGCGUAAAUACGUCGUUUCGCUCGCACGAAACUGUGUACGUGUGUACAACAACUACAUUUCGAUGCAAGGAAACCGUCGUCUUUCUCGUUAUUACCAACAUCACGCAAGUCAACACUCUUCAGCGACAUCACAAAAGCAUCAAACACGACUGGAAAAAUUACAAUCCAUUUCACAAAAGCUUCUGCGCGAGUGCAAAGACGGUGACAGCUCUACAACAGAAUCAACAGCAAAAGCUGCGCUCGAGGAAUUCCUGGCGUUUUUAAAUGGAAGCACUAUUGGAAUCAGUGGAUUCGAACUAUCGCAUUCGGGUAUUAUCGACGCACUCUUAUCCUAUUUGACAGCCAACAAGGGCUCGCUGGCUAUACGUCGCAAUGCCUUUGAGACCAUCAUUAUGAAACAGCAUCCGUCGGCAUUAAAAACACUGAUUGAUCGUCUACAAGAAUCAUUGAAUCGGUCAGAAGCGUUCCAAAUUACGUUCCCGCUCAGUGCUUUCAAUGAUCCAACAUAUAAUCCGAUGAAUGCACUCAACAGACGUAUUCGUGUACGAUUGAAUGGUGAAGGGCCUCGGAUACCGCUUGAACAUCGCAAUUUGGUGGCAUCCGUACCGAUUGCGGCGUGUCUCAAAGACUUGGAGGAUUAUCUCAUGUCACGGAUUGGAACAUUGCGUACCCCGACAAGUUCUCAACAAGACGAAGAAGUUGAUGCUUAUACUGCGACUAAUACUACAACUGGUAGUGGUAAUCUGAUUGAUCGUGAUAACGAGGAUGAUAGCUCGGACGAUGACGAUGACGACGAAUCCAUCUGUGAUCCAGAGAUGGUGCACCCAUUUGAUGAAGAGCAGGGCAUGGAUACUGAUAAUGAAGAUGAUUUGAUGGAGUUGGAAAGGAAUGCUCUCACGAAUAAUAGCAGUAGUCCAACACCAGCCGCCAGCACCUCGUCCGCCCAAGCUCACCGUCACACAUUACCAACAGCUGCUACCACAUCAGAGACGCAUGGUGCGCAAGACAGAGUCACGGAUCAGAGUAGUAGUAGUAGCAACGACAAACGUAGUGGUCAUUGGAAGAUUCAAUUCUACGUCAAAAACACACCUCUACCUGCACAGUCCACAAUCUAUGGUAUCAUCCAUCAAUUCGAACAAGCCAACAACCGGGCCGCCUGGAUGCCAUAUUAUCGACUGGACUACAAACUUGUAUGGACGACGAGCGAAAAUGGAUGCGACACGACAUCUCCAGAAGAGCAACAACCUGCUGAACUUGCCAACAAUCCGACCUGUCUCAAAGCCCUUCAACUCUCUUCAGCUCUGUUUGUUCUGGUAACAGCAACGUCGACUGCUCUUGAGCAACAACAAAAGGGCGGCAAUAGCAGUAGCUUGGUAAACAUCCACAGUUUUGUCAAUCGCAAACUGACGGGAAAAGUCUCAAGACAGCUCGAAGAACCAUUGAUUGUCGCAAGCAACUGUCUACCGAAGUGGACCCACUGGUUCAUGCAUCAAUACCCAUUCCUAUUCCCCUUCGAAAUCCGCUACCAGUUCUUACAGAGCACGUCGUAUGGCUAUCAUCGUCUGAUGGCUCGCUGGCAGAGUCUACAGAUGCGCAACAAUACCAACCAACCAAGCAAUCAACGAACAACGAGCAAUACUGGUAGCUUACACACUGCUGAGCAUCAUCAUCAUCAUUACCCGCACCUUGGCCUAUCAAUACUACGCGACGGAUUUUCUUCUUCCUCACAGCAGCAACAACAACCACUAUUUCAUCGUGUUACACGAUACAAGGCCAAAAUUCCGCGCACGCAUCUACUACAAUCAACCACAAGAAUCCUCGAUCAAUGUAAUGGGUCUCAUGCGACCUUGGAAGUCCAAUUCACGGGUGAAGAAGGCACAGGCUUGGGUCCUACAUUGGAAUUCUAUGCUGCCAUGUCUAAAGAAUUUUGCAAGAAGUCACUCAAUAUGUGGCAUGACCAUAGCGAGGAAGUGAAAGCCAAAGGGGAUGUGUAUGUCUCGACGAAAUACGGUCUAUUCCCUAUGCCUACAAGUACUACUACUACUACUACUGUUGCCGAUAGCCGUCAUCGGGAUGCUCUUAAGCUGUUUCAAACUUUGGGUCACUUUGUCGCGAAAGCCAUGGUGGAUUUCCGAAUGAUUGACAUGCCGUUCAGUCCUGCGUUUUUUAAGGUGUUGUUUUCUUCGCAACAACAACAUGAUCCAUAUGCUUUGGUCAAGGAGAUUGAUCCGGUGUUAAGCAAGUCGUUGGAUGAUCUCAGAGGUUAUCUUGUUCAAAAGAAGUUAUUGGAAGCGGAUAAAUCAUUGAACGAACCCAAAAAGAUGGCAACUAUGCAAGCAAGUGAAGUAAAUGGUACUCGACUGGAAGAUCUGUGCCUUGACUUUACUUUGCCGGGUCACCCUCACAUUAAACUCAAGGAGAACGGCGAGAAUAUACAAGUGACGAUCAGGAACCUGGAUGAAUACCUGGAUUUGCUUGUGGACAAGAUGGUGGGAUCGGGUGUAGCAGAGCAAAUGAACAUGUUCCGUCAAGGUUUCAACCGUGUUUUCAAUGUGGAUGAACUCAAGGUGUUGACGCCCAAUGAACUUGUUGCGUUGUUUGGCAACUCGGUUGAGGAUUGGUCCUACCAAACUAUAUCUGAUGCAAUUCAUGCAGACCAUGGAUUCACCUCGGAAAGCGAAACAGUACAGAAUCUACUGACGACGCUCGCAGAACUGAAGGAAGAAGAACGGCGCGACUUUUUACAAUUCACAACGGGCAGCCCUCGACUACCUAUUGGUGGCUGGCAAGCGAUGCGACCUGUGUUUACGGUGGUCAGAAAACAUUGCGAGCCACCUUUGGUAGCAGACGACUACUUACCCUCGGUUAUGACGUGUGCCAACUAUCUCAAGCUUCCGGACUACUCGAGCAAGCAUGUACUACAACAACGGUUACUGAAAUCUAUGCGAGAAGGAAAGAAUUGUUUCUUACUCUCAUAAUAAAAAAGUAGACAUCUACGUACACACUGCGUUUAUAAGCACGAUAGCCUUACGGACUCGGUUACUCAAGAGAAAGAGGAACCGAGCCAUUUUUCUUCCUCGGAAGGACGAAGAUAAAGAUAGCACAUGAAUUUCGGAUGGCGUUUCAGGGGUGGUGAGCGUAAGCUUCCCUUGCACGUGCCUUGUUGCUAUUGCAGCAUAAAUGUGCAGAAGAGAACACUUGGUCUGUGAUCUCCUAGGCAACCAAGGCAAAGUGAGGUGGAUAAGUAAU